GCCUGCCAAAAGGGAGGAGAUGCAACAUGGCAGCAGCCACGAAUUUGAGGUGUAGCCUCCUACUCUUUGACUGCCCCACCUGGGCAGGUAAACCUCACCUGGUUUGCAUCUGGAUAUUGUCACAAGAGACUGAGUUUUAAUAGGUUGUGGGCCUAUUAACUUUAGUCAAACUGAAAGCCCUCUAAUUUGGUGAAUUCCUCCUGAGUACAUGGAACUGUGUGGAAUGAACAAGACACUGAUUAUUUAUGAGUAGAAACAGUACUUAUUUGGGAGAGAAAUUUUGAUUUGUGUGACUUUGCCAUUGACCUCUAAUCUUGCUCUUGAGUCCACCUGUUCUGGUCUGCCACAAGCAUCUGAAGAGCGUUUUCCUGAUUGAUCUCAAAACAGCACACAGAACACUUUAUUACAUCACAUUCAGUUGGAACGUCACAAGCGUCAGCAAAUUCCCAUUGAUUCUACAGUCUCACUGGACGCACUCACAAGAGCGCACACUCUGAAUAAGAAGCCUCAAACAUUGCCAUCCACUGUGAAAGAAAGGAAAGAUGGGUGGAGAAGAAAAUGAACUCAAGGGCCUGCUGGGGCUUCCAGAGGGGGAAAGGGAACUUGAUGAUCUGACCAAGUUCAAUACUACCCACAACAAACGUAUUUUAACCCUCACCACUGAGGUAGGAGCUUCAAACAUUCAGACACCGAAGAGGAAGAGGAAGAACUCACGGGUAACUUUCAGUGAAGAUAAUGAGAUAAUCAACCCAGAGGACGUGGAUCCCACAUUUGGUCACUUCCAGAACAGAGGGCGAACCAUGAUGGUCCCAUCAAAGAGGCAACGAAUUGAAGUCCCUGGCUCCUGGGGUCUGAAAGAGUUUGGAAGACCCACGUAUACCUUCAGUGGAGGACUCUAUGGGGGUCUGCCUCCCCCACAAAAUGAAGCAAGCGUCCAGCCACACAGUGUCCACAGAUCAGAAUUCAUUGGUCAGUUGCCUACGCUGUACGCGAACCUUGUCCCAGAUGCAGACUUGACUCCUGUGGCACCAUCGGUAGUGAACAUGAACCCCACAGCAACUCCUGCAGUCCAUCACCCUGAAGCAGGAAACCAACUAAAGAAGAAAUAUGCAAAAGAGGUUUGGCCACACCUUCCUGACUGA